AUGGUACCCUUUAACGCCUCUUUCCGGAACACUGUGGCUCCUGCUGAGCUCUCCACUGCAUUGUCUCUGCCCUUCCAAAACGAAUUGCAGUUGCGCUCUUUGAUCCAGUCUCCUUCUCUGGGUUAUAUUCCUGUUGCUUUCCCUAUGACGUUUGUACCGAUGGAUAUUCAAGGAAGAGAGAGCUCCAGAGCGGCUCCAGAUCAUUCCGUGUUUCCCAGCUCUGUCUCGCAGCCUCUGGUCCCGAUUAUACCAGCAUUCCCACUCUAUCCCACCCAGGCGCCUGCUACGGACUCUCACAGCUCCAACAUGGCCUACCUUUCCCAGCUGCUCUUUGAAGCUUCUGACCCUGUCCCUCUCGAGGCUGCCCGUCCCUCUGAGCUCUCGGGCUAUCUCACUGCGCUCGGCCAGCGGCCGGCAUCUGUCAUGUCUUUCGACCCGUCCAUGUUCUCUCACUCUACCAACGUCCUGGCGAAUGAAAGCGUGAAUUUCAUGUAUCAUCCGCCGCCGGUUUCAUUCAAGACGCGGUACUCGGACCUCGCCGCGCUGACGAAGAGGAUACGAGCGGCGUUCGCUGAGAGUGUCCACCUAGCCGAGCGUGGCAUGGAUGGAAAUGCGCAGAGCCCGGUCGUCACGCAGGCGCAUAUGUGGGCUUCGGGAUCGCAAGAUAUGGUUAGAAUGUCGUGCUCGCACAGUCUCACCGAAACGGCCUGCCACGCUGGUCCGUACACGCAAAUUCAAUCCCCCUUGCUUGAUAACAACGCGCUCCGAGACGAGGAUACGGACGAUGAAGAAGAGCUGCUGACUCCCUCUGGCGAUGUCUCGCUCUUCUUCGACAGCGUAUUGGACACCAGUGGCAGCCAGGCAAUAUUCGAGAAAACUGUGGAGUCGAUUGGCCCAGUCAAUGUGGCGGAAGAAGCAUGA